GGCUCCUCCUUAUUGUAUACCUGUAACCAUAGCAACUGUACGGGGGGGGUGCUUGUUUCACUGUGUUCACCACUGGAAGAAAAACAACAACAGAUGGAGAGAAUGCAGUGUGGAACAACAGAUGUCAGUAGCGGCAGUAGGGGACUAUGGAACUGCCCAAGAGGGACCAAAUACAGCAAAGAGACUCAACAAUUAAUUCAAUUGAUGAUGCGAGAAUCCAGACUCACCAGUUUUCAGCAGCGGCAGAUCAACAGCCAACUGAAAAAAGGGGGCACACUACCACUAACCUGUAACCCCACCUCAUCCACACCAGCAGCACAACCUGUGCUGAGGCCCUGUAAGCCUCCCACUAUCUUAUCCGUACCACAAAGACGCAGUGCUGAGAAGUGCAGCGCUGGGGACAACUACACCCGAGAAAGAUUUCGACCAAGUGCAACACGAGAUUUGGAGAAAGAGAAGUGUAGGCUGCAGAACAUCCUCGCCACUGGCCAGGAGGUAAUACAGCCCUCACCGUCCCAUACACAACAUGCUGAGAGAAGAGAGGACAUGGAAAUUGACCGGUUCCAGGAGGUGCUUGAUGAGAUCGAGGAGAGGAGGCAAUUUUUGGAAGAGAUGACUGCUCUUGGAAGAGGAAACCACUACCAUCACAUGAUUAAUACAGAGAUAUCUCAGAAAAUCCGAGAGCUGGAGCUGAUUGACAAGGCUCGAAGUGACGUGGUGAGGACUUUCCUUAUAGAAAAGCAGAAUGAUCACGAGCAACAGUGAGACAACAGGCUGGAUUCAGCAUGCAUAUGGAAAUACUAUGCAGCGUCAUAAGUACUGACUCAUUUGGGCUGUGCCACAUUUGUGACCUGUUGCAGACAUUGGUCAUGUUUUAACAAGUCUUGGUUUUGCUUGACAUGGUGUAAUUAUGUCCCUUCCGCCUUUACAAUUUGUUAGGUUGGCGUAUAGCAAUUUUAAGAGUUUGCCACAGAUGUUGGAUUUGGUCAAGACAUCAUUUUUGUGUCUCAGUUCAUUGUGUUUAAUGUGUCCUCGGAAUGUAAAUCCUUGUUGCUAUAGAGCAUCUUCAUAAUAUGAUACUUCCUCCAUCAUAUGUUACAUUUGAAAAGGUGUAACAUGGCUGCACUGUUAGGUAUUUACCACACAGUUCCACUUUAAUCUCAGAACACUUCAUUAGGGAGUCUUCCAAGAGACAUUUUACUAAAUCUUUGUAAGCAGUAAUGUGAUUUUUUCUGACCCAUGAAUACUGCCUUCAUUCAUUGAGUUAGUGACCCUUAAAAUCAGAGUGACAGUUGCUUUUAAAGUAGUCUUUUUAGUUUAAAUGAAAGGCUGUGUGCCUCUAGUAUUUCUCCAUGUCUAUGACAGCAGACUUUGUCAGAACUGAGCUGGAGGUGUGUAUUUUAACCUUUUGUAUGCGAUUUAUUGCUUUAAAUGCUUUACCAUAGUGGCAGACCUCACAAAGCAAUAAGCUAUCCUUUAAAUGAACUAAUCCAAAAAAAAAAAAAACCUACACAGACGUGUUUAACAGGGUAAUGUACGAGGUGCAUUUUUUUGUUUUUAAAUCUUAGUGAUAGUUAAAAAUAUUUUUCAUUGCACUGAUGUACUUAACAUGAAUCUAUUGUUCAUGGUUGUUUUAUUGAUGCUCACUUUUCUGCAACACAAGCUCUUGGUUUGAAGUUUUAAAGGCACAAAAACACAAAACAAUGAAAGAAUACAAUUAUUACCACAAGCUGUCUAGAGACAUAAAGCAAAAAGUCAAUAGUUAUAUGAAGACACAAAUAUACAUAGAUGACAUGAUAGUUUUUAUAAAUACAUAAAAAAACAUUUUAAAACAGAACUUAAACAAUACCUGCCUGACAUUUUACACAGAACUAGUAAAGGCAUGUUGGUGUAUAAUAUUACGCAUAUUGCAAAUUUAUCUUCUUCAGGGCUUCCCAAAAUUUAUAAGCAAUUUAUGUCAGUAAAAUAAUAUAAUUUGAAAUAUUCUCUCUCCAUACUUAUUUUGGAGAUGAAAUUUGGCCAAAAUUACCACUAUUUUCCCCCUUUUUCUCAAAUUUAUCAACCAAAACACAUUUGACAAGCUACAAGGCUAAUGUAGCUAACAUGUAUGAGAAGAACCCUUAUGUUUAAAGCAACACUUUGUUGGUAUUUACAUAAAUAGACAAACAUAUAUCGCCAAAUUGAAAGUUUUACGUAAAACUGACCUAGCUGAACGAGGGGUUAAAUAUCUUAAAUUGUUUAUUUUAAUCACGUUUCUGGGUUUUUGGAUUAAAUCCAUCAUCAACAUGCAGAAUUAAUAUUUUUCCAUUACGAAAAUAAGACUUAGCAAGAUAAAAAGAUAAAAACCAUUAGGGUUGGAAGAAUUAGCUUCAAAAUGCCAUCACUGCAUUAGCUCCACAAUUAUAAGUCUCACAAAUCUGAUAUUGAAGUUAAUUUAGAGUAUGACGAAGCACAUGGAACCUUUAGAGCUUUCUACCCAACGAUAAAGCAAGCUUACACAAAUAAGCCUAACAUUACCUACACACAAACCAGUAUGACUGAAUACUGAGUUUUAUCUUCUAUUUAAUAAAUCACAUUGUUGGACACAUACCGUACAUAAUGUUUUGAUUUUAAUAGAGACUUAAAAAUUGUUUAUGUACAAAUGUGUACAUUUAAGCAUGUAUUAAAUAAUUCAUUAGCAACUGUCUGCAUAGCUGAACUGCUCCAGGAACAGAGAUUUAAUCUUUUUCAUUAACAAAGUCUGAAUAAUCUCAAUUUUCCUUUUAAUAUCCUGAAUAUGUGUUUAAACAAACAAAACACAAUUUUAUUUGCACAUCUAUGAUAUAUUACUGAGAACACUAAGGGUUAAACAUUGCAUACAUGUGUGCAUUAGCAAUGUUAGCAGCCUCCUCCCCAGUAAGCAACACACUGUAUAAGAGUAUAAUUAUUUAAUUUUAAGCUUCAGGCUCUACAGGUCCAGCUGGUCUUUAAUUCUUAGUUUUUGUUUUGGUAGAUGUCCUGAAUGCAUGUACACACUUUAAAAACCAUUCUAAUAAUCUAAGAGGCUAGCUUUAGUUCCUAGCGAUGCAUGAUCACGUGAACAAAACUUGAUACACUUUAACAGGACAUUUUAACAUUCAUUAUAAAGUCUUGCUGGUUUAAGUUAGAGAUUGGUCAUGGAGCAAACAGAUUUCAUGUAGCAGGACCUGUACACAAUUCAAGUUUUGGCUAUGCUGUGAUUUAUCUUUUCUCUCACAAAUAAAAUGAUCAAACAAUCAA